CUCUUCCAUAAAAAUACUCUAUGGAUGUCAAAGCUAUUAGACAAACACAAUCUCUCAAUACUAUGUCUCUUGAUGAGCUGAUGGGGAACUUAGAAACCAUUGAGUUGGAGAUGCAUGAAGAUCUACGACGUAAAAAGCAGCGUGUCAUUCUCGUUGAAAAAGAGAAGCAGUGUGUUAAUGACAAUGCUGGAACAUGCUGUGCUUUUCCAACUUUCUACAGUAAUGACGAUGGCUCUGAUGGUGACGUUGAUCCAAAGGAGAUGCUUAUAAUGGUUGAAGAAAAAUUUCAAGAGUCUCUACGGGUCAACAAGAAAAAAUAUUUGGAAAAUGAUAGUCUCAAACAUGAACUUGAUGAAUCAAAACGCAAUGUGGAACAACUCACUAAAGAGUUACACAUAUGCAAAGCUAAAGUUAUAGCAGAGGAUGACACAGACGAUGAUAUAGAAGAUGACACAGAGGUUGACACAACAGAAGAGCUAGUUAUUCUCCAAAGGAAGUGGGUAGAACUUCAAGCCAACAAGAAAACUGUCAUAGAGAACCAUCAGCUUGUUGCCGAGCAAAAUAGACUAAAGGAAGACUUUCACAAGUGGAUGAGGACUGCUCGAGCAAAAGCUAUUGAGGAACAAGUGAACAUUUCAAAAUUUGGUGGAGACAAGACGGGUCUUGGUUUUGUAGGUUCCGAAAGAAACAAGACCCCACUUGACUUGUUUAUUGAUCAAAGAAAGGAAGUUUCCCAAAAGGCCCCACAAAGAAGGAAACUAGAAGCUGCCAAAUUUGCUGGAACAUCUUCUGCCAGACCCGAUAAAGCAUCUCAUGUAGCUUCUGCUAGAACAUCUUAUACAGUACCCUAUAUAAUUACUUUUUCAGAUGGAUCGUCCGAGGGGGAUUCGCUCAAGUAUGGCACAGCUGUUUUGUGUGUGGUCUGCGUUUUCACCAUCAACAUGACAACAAAGAAAGCCAACUUGAUUCACGAUCCAUCUUCAAUCUACUACCUACAUCCAUCCGAGGGGCCUAGUAAUUCUCUCACAAAAUAUGUAUUACAUAGUGAUAAUUACGAUGUAUGGAAGAAGGCAGUUUUGCAUGCACUCGGUGCCCGUGGAAAAGCAAAGUUUUUGACAGCCACAGGUGUUCCUAAACCCACUGAUGAGGCCGAACUGGGCGCGUGGGAGUCCAACCAUUCCAUCAUUUGUAGUUGGCUUUGCAAUAGUGUCGAUGAAUCUAUUCAACAAAGUAUUAUCAGCCAUAUGAUUGCUUAUGAUUUGUGGAAUGACCUCAAGAAACGGUACGGUGGUUCCAACGGCCCUCGCAUGUAUCAAUUAAAGUGUGAACUACAUAAUUUGCGUCAAAAAGCCGCGGCGGUUUGCCAUGCUCGGGUCGAGCGUGAAAAGACUAUGGAUUUUUUGUUAGGACUGGACGAUGAACAGUACAGGCAUGCACAUUCCCAGAUCCUUGGCACCGAACCCAUCCCAGAUUUGGAUCGAGCUUUUUAUCUUGUCACUCAAGAGGAACGUCACCGUACUAUUAUCCGUUCUCGUGACGACCGUACAGAUGGCGUUGCUUUUGCGGAUUUUACGUCUUCCUCUUCCCACUCAUCUCCACUGCCCAUGGCCGAUUUCCCUACCCUUCCCACUGCCGAUCCCACACUGUCACCAUCUUCCCAGCCCUCUGCGUCCCAGCCUACUGCCUCACCUACUGCCACCCCGUCUUCCCAGCCUGGCAGUGGCGAACAGCAAGCUGCUGUGCCAGUCCCGUCGACAGAGGCGGCUGGAGCAGCGCCCACUGCUGCAGCCCCUCCUCUCCGUCAAUCUUCCCGUGUUCGUCAACCCCCCCAUCUUCUCUCCGAUUAUGUUUGUCAUACGGCUCUUGCGUGUCCUCCCGCUCCUCUUCCCCCCGUUGCAUCUCCCGUCUCCGCGUCCAAUUAUAGGCUGAAGCUGCUUCCAAUACCCAUUCUUUCUCUCGACCAUCUUCUUCGCGCGGAAGGAAAGAAAUUUGCUGCACAACUUCACGCUGAAAGGAAACUAAUAUGAUUCAACCCUGAUUCCUCGCUGCGUUGGAUCACGGAAGGAAAGAAAUCCAGGUUUUUACGAAUUCGGAUAGAGUUCACGCUGUGAAAGUGAAUAGUCUUCCAAAACCAUUCACCCUUUAUAGAAGAUCAAUCCGACCAUUGAAUGUUGGAGUGUUUUGAUUCGUGUGAUGCGACUGUAUACGUUGCCAGUGUACAAUGAUGACAAGGUGGCAAAUUCAAUCGAGAUAAUAUUCAUGGAUGAACACGUUGCUGCCAAACACUGAGUAUGACCUUAUAUGUUCCGGGAUGCUGCCAGUGUUUUCUGUUAAAACAUGGUGAUAACUUAUAUGAGUAAGUACUUCUUUGGGGAUAAUGUGUGUGUGUGCGCGCUUUUUAUCCUUCAAUUGAGGCUAAAUCUAUGCUGAAUUUUGUUUUUAAGAGCUAUGUUAUUGCUAAUAGUCUGAACUCUGUUUUGCCUACUACUAAUUACAUCUCUGUACACGGUUCUACAAUACUACAAGUUUCUAGCCCUGUUGUAUAUUUUGAUAAAGAAGUGACUAUGGCGAUAAUACUUCUAAUGGUAAAAAUAUCAGGUGAAGGUAUGGUCUCUAAUGUUGUGACUCCUGUUGUGACCCCAGAUCCUAUACAUGAUGUUAAGGUGUGAGAUGUUACUCUUUCAGAUGUUAACGUUCCUGAUGCUUUCUCCACACCUACACGAUAACAUAGAUGUUGACGGUCCUAUGAACCUUUCUACUAAAAUCCAACAUGUUCUAACUAUUUUUAAACAGGUACAAGUAAUUGAUGCUCAAAUGUUAAGAGGUUGUGGGAACUAAUUUUGCGCACAAAUUCAAUCUGGAUGGCAAGAAUCAUAAUGAGUGUGCCCCGGCACCAUUAGACGAAGUUAGCUUUUCAAUUCUUGAUAUUGAUCAAACGGUAAAUGUGUGUUAAAUUAAAUAUACUUGUGUGGUUGUUUACUUCAUGUAAUACAAUACAUUUCCCCUUCGAUCAUCUACAUUUUUAGGGUAAAUUUCACAAAUGGUACCUUAACUUUAGCUGGAAUUUCGAAGUAGUACCUGAACUUCAAAUCCUUUCACAAAAAUCCCUGAACUUACACAAUCCUUUCACUAAUGAGUCAUUAGCCCGUUUCUAGGUUAACUUCCGGU